AAACUAUUGUUUAACUUGAACUACAAGUCAAUCAACCAUUUGCAUUUUGUGAAUUAUGAUAUGAGUACUCCCUCUAUAUAUAUGUGUGCAUGCAUAUGUAUCCUUUUCAUGCAAUAUCAAUAUCUAGCAAUAGUGAUAUAGCAAACUCACAAUCUAGAUUCAUUUGAUGCAAGACAUGUCGAACGAAAUCGUGUUCUUUGAUUUGGAAACAAACGUACCAAACAAACCUGGGCAAAAAUUCUGGGUGUUGGAGUUUGGAGCAAUUGUGGUUUGUCCAAGAAAGCUAGUUGAGCUCGGGAGUUAUUGCACGUUGAUUCGACCGGGUGACUUAUCAGCAGUCGGGUUGAAUCCAGCGCGGUGCCAUGGGAUCUCACGAGGGACGGUUUUAAACGCUCCAUCUUUUGAAGAAGUGGCUGAUAAAAUAUUCAAGAUUUUGAAUGGUAGGAUAUGGGCUGGACAUAAUAUCCGAAGGUUUGAUUGUGUUAGAAUUAAAGAGGCUUUUAAGGAGAUCGGUCGGCCUGCUCCAGAGCCCGUAGCGUUGAUCGAUUCGUUAGGAGUUUUGUCGGAGAAAUUUGGUAAACGAGCUGGGAAUAUGAAGAUGGCUUCAUUGGCUGCUUAUUUUGGACUUGGUGAACAAAAACACAGGAGUCUAGAUGAUGUUCGAAUGAAUCUUGAAGUUCUCAAGCAUUGUGCCACCGUGUUGUUUCUGGAAUCAGCGGUUCCUGGUGUUCUUGAGGAUCAAUGGCAGCACAACUCAUCGCCUAACAUCACAACUAGAAGCAGAAGCAAUGUAGUGAUUAAGGAACCGAGUGUACCGACAACAAUGAACAAAGUAUGGCAUGAAGAUCAGAAAUCUAGCAUAUCAAGCCCAAUGAAAAAAAGAUGUCAUCAAGAUCAGGCAACACCAAUGAUGACAACAAGAAGUAGGAGCAAAGUCAGCAAACCGAGUGCCGAAGAAGCAAACAGGAAAUCUCCUUCUGUACUUAAUCGCCAUCGAGUCGUCCCCUAUCCAACAGGAAGUCUUGGACAGAUGACAGAAAAGGUGAAGAACAUAUUGCAAAAUGCGCGAAAGACGCCAUUGAAUAGUCUUCUCAAGCAUUCCCAUACACUUCUCAGAUGAAAACUGGUUUAGUUUGAACUUGAAAUGGAUUUUUGCUCGAACUUCAGCGUUGGAGUUGAAGGUUGCAAGUGUACAGAAAUUCAUGCAUAAGGGCACCUAGCUUGUUUCUUGGAUUCACUGAAAUUCUUUGAUUAUUUUAUUUGUAAAUAUAAAUAUAAAUUAACUAUUCAAUCUAUGUAAAAUAUGCCAUUAUAUGAAAGAAAUUUAACAUUCUUUUGUUGAA